AUGAAGGCAACAAUCUUGGCUGUAUUGCUUUGCUGUGCCAUUUUGGGUACCAUUCUUCUUCCAACAGCUGAAGCUCAGUUUGGCAGAGGAGGAUACGGAGGAUUUGGCAGAGGAGGCUACGGAGGAUUUGGCAGAGGAGGAUACGGCGGAUUUGGCAGAGGAGGGUACGGAGGAUUUGGCAGAGGAGGAUACGGCGGAUUUGGCAGAGGAGGAUACGGAGGAUUUGGCAGAGGAGGAUACGGAGGAUUUGGCAGAGGAGGAUAUGGCAGAGGAUAUAGAGGAUAA